CUUUAAUUAAACCGGCAGAUCAUAUCGUUUAUGGUUUUAAAAACUACUGGAUUUGCUAUAUUUGCUGUAGGAUCCGGCUUGCUUUGUGGCAUAUGCAUAUCUAUCUAGGCUGGCAACAUGAAAACCGACUUAUUGACCCAAACAACAGAUGAUACAUGUGCAUUUACGGACUCAACUUCGAAGCAUUCUUUGCUUCGCCUGAUGGCGAAAAUAUGCAGAAAGCGCGGGAAAAUAUUACAAGCCGAGGCGUUAUAAGCCGUGAAGCUACAUACAUACAUAUGUGAAGCAGGUUGAUAAGCUGAGAGCUAUGAUUGCUGAACUUGAACAGAACGCUGAGAUAUAUGAGCCUAAGUCCAAAGAAGAGGCGUUAUUACUGGUUGUUUUUGAAAAAUUUGUAAUGUUGCUUGACUGACUGGGAAAUAAAAAAAAUCUACAGAUUUAUUGGAUUACAUAUCGGACAUGUAUUGGAAAAAGUGGUAGUCGGAAACCGGGGCUAAAAUAAUGUUGAUUACUGAAUGCCCCGAAACUUUGGCUAAAUGUGACACCCGGGCACUGGUCACACUCGCCCAAGAAGUAUUCCUGGUGUUUUCUUUCAAAUUCAAAGUAAAGUCAUGUCGUAACCUGAAGCUGUACAGCACACAGACGUCUCUGGUAGCUCUAAAUUCUCAGUCCAGGCAGUCCGGCUGAAAACUCCAGCUUCGGGUCAAACGCCAGCCAUGUCGGCGGCCUCGAAGAUUACUUUGGGCAUGGCCGUGACCGUAUCCACGGCGAUCAUAGGUUAUGUGCACUAUAAACAAUCCGCGGACCGCCUGAAGCUGCACGACGGGGUCUUGAGAGACGUGGAGCAGCAACAGCGGCGAAAGCACGAGAACACCUAUGCUCUGCAGCAGCAAAUAGACAUUACCAAGCAACUGAAGGCCCAAGAGACGUCGACCCCAGACAAAAACCUCGUCAGCGAACCCGCCCCAUGCAAGUGCAAAUGCUGCACCGAAUCGCUUGGUCGCCCCACCUCUCUGGCUGGCUGUUCCAAACAGCCUCAGCAGAAGCAACAUCAGCAGGCAAGAGCUAUGGAGUCCGGAGGUGAAGAAGAAGCGACAUCGGGCGCUCCCACCCGGAAAGACGAAAUUUAAUCAGUAAUAGUACAGCCAAGGCGUGUUAAUAAUUAACAAAAAAAAAGCGAUAAACUGCAGUUGAAUAUAAGCAUUUUGUUUUUAAAAUGUUUAAUGUUGUUAAA